CUCAUACAAAGACAUUAUCUCCCUAGCUCCCUACUUUUCUCUCUCUUCUCUGCAACCCAGGGAACGGAGGAGCUUUCGCGUUAUUCAAAGCCGCGUUUUUCACUUCCUUUAAGUACCCUUUUUCUCCCUCUCUCAAAUCAUAUACAUGCUUCUCUUUUGUAAUUCUAAUCUCGACUUCUAAGCCUUUUCUUUGGGAUUUAUCGAUCUUUUAGGAUGAUCUAGAGCGAAGAAGGCUCGUGCUCUUUGCGCGUGUCCCGUUCUCUUCUCCAAUCCUCCACAGAUACUUUAAUAUAUCUGACUUUGAAAGUAGAUUAUUUUAUUUAUUUUUUACCUUAAACAUAUAUACCCAAUGGAGGUCAAGCUAUGGAAUGACAAGCGCGAGAGAGAAAUGUACGAGAACUUUGCUGAGCUCUAUGCCAUAAUAAAAGCCACAGAGAAGCUUGAAAAGGCCUAUAUUCGUGAUAUCAUCCCCUCAUCUGAGUAUGAAACCGAAUGCCAGAAACUUAUUGCCCAUUUCAAAACACUAGCUUCUACCCUGAAAGGUAUAGUUCCUAGCAUUGAGCGCUUUGUAGACACUUACAAGAUGGAUUGUCCUGCUGCCAUAAACCGUUUGGUGACCUCUGGGGUGCCUGCCACAGUGGAACAUCGAGCUGCUGCAGCUGCCUCAGCAACUACCUCAGCUGCCAUUGUGGCUGAGUGUGUCCAGAACUUUAUUACAGCUAUGGAUUCCCUAAAACUGAAUAUGGUGGCAGUGGAUCAGGUGCACCCAUUGCUUUCAGACCUCUCAGCUUCACUUAAUAAGUUGAGCAUUUUGCCACCAGACUUUGAGGGGAAGACAAAGAUGAAAGAUUGGAUUUUUAGGCUUUCUAAGAUGGGGGCAGCAGAUGAGUUGACAGAGCAGCAGGCUCGGCAACUACACUUUGAUCUCGAGUCCUCUUACAAUUCUUUUAUGGCGGUUUUGCCUAGUGCUGGUACUUGAAUGAUUUUUGUGGGCUUGUAAAUAAAUGGGCAAAGUCGUUGGUUUGGGUUAUUCAAUGAUCAAAAUCUUAUGUUAUUCAAUAGUCUUGUUUGCUGCAACAAUGUCUAAGAUUAAAAUCUUGUAACAAAACAAGUUGUUCGAAUGCCUCUUUACAUUGCAGCAACAUAUCAUAACAAAUAAACUCAUUUAGAAGAAUUUACUAAUUUUGUGAAA